AUGGAAAACAAAGUGAGCCCCGCAAUCACCCAGCUUACUGCAAUGAAACUUUCCAGGCCUAAUGCAGAAAGACUAACUCAGGCAGAGGGUGUGGACUCCCAGAGUGGAGCAGAUGUAGCUGAAAGUCUACGCAGAUCUAGAAAGCUGGUGGUCAAAUUACUGGACAUUUUGUCCUAUUUUGUGACGGAUUAUGACCCAACCAUCGAGGAUUCCUACAUAAAGCAGUGUGUGAUAGAUGAGAGAGCAGCCCAGCUAGAUAUUCUGGAUACGGCAGAACAAGAAGAGUUUGGAGCUCUGAGAGAACAGUAUUUGAGAGCUGGCUAGGGUCUCCUGUUGGUCUUUUCAGUCACAGAUCGAGGCAGUUUUGAAGAAAUCUUCAAGUUUCAAAGACAGAUUCUCACAGUGAAGGAUCGUGAUGAGUUUCCAAUGAUUUUAACUGGUAAUAAAGCAGAUCUGGAUCAUCAAAGACAGGUAACACAGGAAGAAGGACAACAGUUAACACGACAUAAGGUAACAUACAUGGAGGCGUCAGCAAAGAUUGCGAUGAAUGUAGAUCAAGCUUUCCAUGAACGUGUCCGGGUUAUAAGGAAAUUUCAAGAGCAGGAAUGUCCUCCUUCACCAGAACCAACACGGAAAGAAGAAAAGAAAGGCUGCCAUUGUGCCUUUUUCUAA